UACACAAUUACACUUCAUUUAAACUACAGACUAACAGAAACGUGUUGCGGGGGGACGUUUACAUUUGUAGUCCACUGUGAAGCUUUAACGUGACAGAAAUCUGGGCUUGGGCAAGGUAGGAAAGGGAAAGACUUUACUGUAGUGGGUUUUAGUGGGCACCUUCACGUUCGUGUGUCUGCUCACACCCCCAGCUCAGCUCAGCUCCACAACGAGGCUGAGUGAGACACGGCGUUCAAUUACACCGGCUGCCAGUGAAUAGAAGGAACGAGGCGCGGGGAAAUGCACGCCUGUGCCGUCAGUGAAAUGCGCCUGAGAUUUAGCCCCUGAAUGCACACGACGCCACCGAAAUGCCGGGCUGGAAGAAAAAUAUCCCCGCUUGUCUGCAAGCCGACCAAGAAGGAGAUGAGGGGCCCUACACUAAACACUCCAAUCCCUCCAGACCACCAGAUGGCGCUCUGGCAAUUAGGAGACAGAGUAUUCCAGAUGAGUUUAAGGGCACCAGCACUGUGGAGCUGAUCAAAAAGGAAGGCACAACCUUGGGCCUGACAGUAUCUGGAGGCAUCGACAAAGACGGCAAGCCCCGCGUCUCCAACCUGCGCCAGGGCGGCAUCGCUGCCAGGAGUGACCAGUUGAACGUAGGGGACUAUAUAAAGUCUGUGAAUGGAAUCAACUUGACAAAGUUUCGUCAUGAUGAGAUUAUUAGUCUGCUGAAGAAUGUGGGGGAGAGAGUGGUCCUGGAGGUUGAGUACGAGCUACCGCCUGUCUCUGUACAGGGCUCAGGGGUCAUGUUCAAAAACGUGGAGGUGACUCUGCACAAAGAAGGCAAUACAUUCGGUUUUGUCAUCAGAGGAGGCGCCCAUGAAGAUAGAAACAAAUCUCGCCCGGUUACCAUAACAACCAUCAGACCCGGCGGUCCGGCUGACAGGGAAGGUACCAUCAAACCCGGCGACAGGCUGCUCAGUAUUGACGGAAUUCGUCUGCAUGGAGCGUCUCACGCAGAGGCCAUGAGCAUCCUCAAACAAUGUGGCCAGGAAGCCACUCUUCUCAUAGAGUACGAUGUGUCAGUCAUGGAUUCUGUAGCCACAGCUUCAGGCCCGCUGCUGGUGGAGGUGGCCAAGUCCAUGGGUUCCAGUUUAGGUCUGGCUCUCUCUACCUCCAUGUACUGCAAUAAGCAGGUCAUCAUCAUCGACAAGGUCAAACCAGCCAGCAUCGCUGAUAGGUGUGGUGCACUGCAUGCAGGUGAUCACAUCCUCUCAGUGGAUGGCACAAGUAUGGAGUAUUGCACACUGGCCGAAGCCACCCAGCUGCUAGCUAGCGCUUCUGAACAUGUCAAAAUGGAAAUUCUGCCCCACCACCAGACAAGACUGGCCCUCAAGGGCCCUGAACAUGUCAAGGUGCAGAGGAGUAACCGGCCAUUGCCCUGGGAAUCUGGAACCAACAACAACAGCAACUUCCUUCCCUAUCAACACUAUAACACCUACCACCCCGACCAGUCCCGCAGCCAGACCAAGCAAAAAACCUCUUCAAACAACCCCCCUCUGGGUUCAUCCUUCUCUCCCACUUCCAUGAGUGCCUACAGUCUGAGCUCACUCAACAUGAACACGCUGCCACGCACCAUGUAUCCCACAAGUCCCCGCGGCACCAUGAUGAGACGCAAACUAAAGAAGAAAGACUACAAGAGCUCAAUGUCUCUGGCUUCCAGUACGGUAGGACUUGCUGGUCAGGUGGUCCACACAGAAACAACAGAGGUGACCCUCAUCAGCGACUCCAUCAUGGGCUUUGGGAUCCAGCUUCAGGGAGGAGUCUUUGCCACGGAAACCCUGUCCUCUCCGCCGCUCAUUGCUUACAUAGACCCCGACAGCCCAGCGGAGCGGUGUGGCAUGCUGCAGAUUGGCGACCGCAUCCUGUCAAUAAACGGCAUCCCCACUGAGGACAGCACGCUGGAGGAGACCAAUCAGCUGCUGAGGGACUCCAGCAUCACCAGCAAAGUCACACUAGAGAUUGAGUUUGACGUAGCAGAAUCGGUUAUCCCAAGCAGUGGAACCUUCCAUGUGAAGCUACCAAAGAAGCCAGGUGUGGAGCUGGGCAUCACCAUCAGCUCACCUUCCAGUAGGAAGCCUGGAGAUGCACUCAUCAUCUCUGACAUAAAGAAAGGCAGCGUGGCGCACAGAACGGGCACCCUGGAGCUGGGGGAUAAGCUUUUGGCAAUAGACAACAUCCGUCUGGACAACUGCUCCAUGGAGGACGCCGUUCAAAUCCUGCAGCAGUGCGAAGACCUGGUUAAACUCAAGAUCCGCAAGGACGAGGACAACUCAGGUAUCCUACGUGAUGGCAGUGUUGAUAGGGACGCCCGUGUGCUGUUGGCCUGUGUUGCAGACGAGCAGGAGAGCUCUGGUGCCAUCAUUUACACUGUGGAGCUGAAACGCUUCGGCGGGCCGCUUGGCAUCACUAUCUCGGGCACCGAGGAGCCCUUCGACCCCAUCAUCAUCUCUAGCCUCACUAAAGGUGGCCUGGCCGAGAGGACCGGUGCCAUCCACAUUGGUGAUCGCAUCCUGGCCAUUAACAGCAACAGUCUAAAGGGCAAACCUCUCAGUGAGGCCAUCCACCUGCUGCAGAUGGCAGGGGAGUCCGUCACACUGAAGAUCAAGAAGCAGGGAGAAUUGGCAAGCCCAAAGCAGCCCUCAGUAACGGAGCGUUUGAACGAUCUGAGCGAUAUGGAGGAUGACGGUCAGGCUGGGCAGAAACUCGGUAAACUCUCAGACAUCUAUUCCACCACCAUUCCCAGCGUGGAUAGUGCAGUGGAAUCCUGGGACGGCUCCGCCAUGGAUGCCACCUUCAGCACCCAAGCUCCAACAGGUUUCCAGGCAUCGGGCUACAGUUUCCACAGCCAUGAGUGGAGGAAUGCCAAGCCCGGCCGCGGCAGCCUCUCCCCGGUGAACAGCAGCCGGCAGAGGAACAACAUCCUGCCGGACUUUGGACUCGGUGUGGAUGAAUGGGACAGGCCAAGCGCUAGCGGGGCAUCCACGCUGCCCACCGGUUUAAUCUCAGACAGCAGGUUCACUGUGGGACACGACGGGACUGAGCCAGACCAGGAAGAGAACUUCUGGUCCCAAGCGCUCGAAGACCUGGAAACAUGUGGCCAAUCCGGGAUCCUGCGAGAACUUGAGGCCACCAUCAUGUCGGGCAGCUCUUUGAGUUUAAACCACGAUCCUGUGCCCACCCGAAGCCAUCUGGGCCGCCAGGCUAGCUUUCAGGAACGUGGCAGCAACAAAACACAAUACACACAGGCCAACCGCAGCAACACGCUGCCCACUGACGUCGGCAGAAAGGCUUUCGCCAUGAGGAGAAUGAAGCAGGAGAUCAAAGACAUCAUGUCGCCGACCCCGGUUGAGCUUCAUAAGGUGAGCCUUUUGAAGGACUCGGACCCUGAAGACUUCGGGUUUAGCGUGUCUGACGGAGUCUUGGAGAAGGGGGUUUAUGUUAACAAUAUCCGUCCAGGUGGCCCUGCUGAAAUCGGAGGACUCAAGCCAUACGAUAGACUGCUACAGAUAAACCACGUCCGGACUAGAGACUUUGACUGCUGCUUAGUGGUUCCUCUUAUAGCAGAGUCCGGGAACAAACUGGAUCUAGUCAUAAGCCGAAACCCGGUUUCCUCGCAGCCCUCAGAACUAAACCCAUUGUCCAAUGACGAGGCAGCAAACUGGACUGACUCCAGGGACCCUCUCGAGCAGCCCACCGCAGGGCUGGAGCAGGGCCAGCACAACUCUACGCUAGCGGGACUAGAGAACAGAGACCCCAACAAUACUUUAUAGCAGAACUCCUCCCAGGUGCCUGCAGUGGAGCGCUUCUCCUCAUGGUGCUAAAGCGAACCCUCCCCUCCCUAAAAUGGCUCCCUCUAGUGGAGGAAAACGAGAGGGGCCUGUUGUCCUAUAUAGCACACACCCAGUCCCUAUCCUAAGUCAGAGCAUGAACCACCAUGACUAAGAGGUCCUUUCCUGACAAGCUGGGUGUUUUUACCCUGUGAAAAUGGCGGCGAAGACCACACUGACCUCUUGGAAAACCAAAUUGUGGGGGGGGGGAAACCUGAAACAGUGCCAUCCCUAAUUUUUAUUGCCAAUAAACUAGAAUAGUUUUGAGGAGGACUCAAAAAAAGAAUGCAUAAAAGCAACACUGAGACUUUUACUAACGAUAUCGGACUGGCCACUGAUUGUCCGUAUUUGUGUGAGUUUGAAUGAGUGCGCGCAUGUCCCGAGACUUUAUUACGCAAGCCUCCACGAAGUCUGUCAAAGUUUCACGUUUGAAACGCAACUGUCGAUCCUCCUAUUUUGUGAUACUGACACACAAGUGUGCGUAUAGUGUAUGUCCGUGUAUUUCCUUCUAUCUGAUGCCAAGGUCAGAUCCCUUUUCUUCGAGAGAUUAUACAGCUGUUAUGGGGGGGGGGAAAUCAGCACAAUGAAUUCGGUAGCCAUUUUUCAAUUGUGACUGAAUGUGGGUUAUAGCCUAAUGCAUGAGACCUUUUAAUCUAUUUUGUAGUACUACUGUUAAAAAAAAAACCCACGAGCGCUUGGCUACAUGAAGAACACCAUGUUUCGGUUCACUGUCCGCUAUAUCAACGUAAAUAUGAAAUCCAAUGUCGCUCAUAUAAUAGAGGGUGGCACAAAGGCACCUUAUCUUGAAAUUGGACAGAUGUCUAUUUUUAUGAAUCGAGGCUGAUGAUUUAUAAGGGAUGCGUGUGUUUCUGAGAGAUGGCUGGUUAGCAUGUACCGAAGCAGAUUGACGGCACGGAGAAGGUCAUACAGUUCGGAAACUCUGCACUUUGAUAGGUAACCGCCGUAGGUCUGCGGUCUCCAGACUCUCGCCCCACAUUUUGAGAAAAUCCAUCAUUGGCCCAAAGGAUAGAACAGCUUAUUUAUUCCAACAUCAAUCUCCUAAAUGAAAACGGCAGGCGUUCAAGUAGGUACUCGCAUAUUGUUUACUCCGCUGUCUGUGAUAAAUGAGAAUAUUACGGCGAACAAAUUCAUCUCAUUUGCUUAAAUUUGCAGUAUCCACUUCUGACAAAAACACAAGCAUGGGGUUGAUGUCCAUGAGUAAAAAAAAAUCCUGAAAAGAUUUCUGUAUUCCUCCCCACAUUGUUAAAAUUGUUAUCAAUCAUUAUGGUAAUUUGUAUAUGGUACUGUUAUGGUUUAAAUGUCUCAUCUGAUAUUUUUUUCCAGACUGUGUAAGCCCGAAGGGUACGCAAUCCAUUUGUAAAGAGAAAAAAAACGAAGUGUCAAAUCAUGAGAGAAUGGAUUCAUUCUACCUUAUGUGGUAGACCAAUAAACAUCUCAUUUGUAGCUCUACUUGGAAAUAAAUAAUGUAAGUAAAGAAAAAAAAACAUGCCAUAAGUAAGCUGCUAAUGGCAAUGAAGACCCUCACCCACCUGUGUGAAACCGUGCUUUUGAUUGAGUGACGUCACCCUCGUUGUCAGUGCUCAAAGAUCCUGUCUACUCACUAUUUUCUAAUGGCACAUUGUGGUCCAACUCCUGAACCGAACAAAAACCUCAUCAAGCCCACUUGAUGGAGAACGUCUGACGAUGAUGAAAAGGUGUCUUUUGUUGUCGUUUUAUUUCAGAUAAACUUUCAGGUACGGGUUCAUUCCCCAAACUCAUGUUUCUCAAUUCGCUUGAAACAAAUCUUGAAUUAUGGUUUUCAAGCCCUGAUUCAAAGUUAGUUGUCACUUUCAUUACGCUUUCCUUGACCUUGACCUAUGUUUGUUACAACACUUCACUGUGUUACUACAAAUACACGCCGGUCAAGUGAAACAAGUCAUUUUUAUGUUCCAUUUGUGGAAACGUUUAGUGAAGUCAAGCACUGCCAGUUAAAAUAGUGGGUGUUCAUUUUCAGUAUACAAUAAUUUUAUGAUUCAAUGUCACGGUUAUGUCCCUAAAAUAUUGUAUUUUUAUUUCUAAUGGACAGGUAUUAUGAGCUGUAAAGUAUUUUUGUACAAAUUUAAUACUUUGUUAGCAUGAUGUUUAUCGUCUAUGUAUACAUUUGGGGAUUCCUACAGCUGUAAUCCUUUGUAUGGCCGACGAACAGAGAAACAAUAAAACAACAUGCAGAGUGAAGAGA